CAAACUCCAAAACAAAAUGGGAUCCUUUCAAAUGGGCAGGCUCCAUAAUUUGUCCCUUUUAAGUCUCUUCUGAACAAUUGAUGCUCUCUUAUGUACACCGCUCUCAUUUUUUGUCCCUUUCGUCAACAGCCUGCUGCUACGGCAAGCUGGAGUGCCCCCUGUACCCGACGGAGUUGGCCUUCGUGCUGGACGCCUCCAACGACGUGGGGCGGCCGGCCUUCAACGGCAUGCGCGACGCCGUGCUGCGGCUGGUCAACGGCAUCACCGUGUCGGAGAGCAACUGUCCGCGAGGUGCCCGCGUGGCCCUGGCGCUCUACAACAGCGAGGUGACUACCGAGGUGCGCUUCAGCGACGCGCUGAAGAAGCGGGCGCUGCUGCGCCACGUGGAGGGCCUGCAGACACUGCAGACCAACAAGCGGCGCAGCCUGGAGACAGCUAUGAGCUUCGUGGCGCACAACACCUUCAAGAGAGUGCGCAGCGGCUUCCUGGUCAGGAAGGUGGCCGUCUUCUUUGUGGGCGGCUCGGUGGCCAACGCCCAGGCCGUCACCAACGCCGCGCUGCGCCUCCACGACGCCGGCAUCGCCACCUUGUUCUUGGUCAAGAGUGACGACAGGGCGCUCACCAGAGCCUUGCAGGUGAACAACACAGCUCUGGCCCAGGUCAUCGUCAUGCCCAAUCCAGGAAGUGCCCAGUUUAAUUCUGUCAUGACAAAAGUCAUGAACUGCCAUCUUUGUUUCGACAUCUGCGCCCCUGACCAAAUGUGCGACUACAUCCCGCCCUCGCCCGGUCGAGACAGAAGGUCUUUCACCACCGACGUGGAUAUCGACAUGAGCUUCGUGGUGGACAGCUCGGAAAGCACGUACCCCGCCGUCUUCACCGAGAUCAAACGCUACAUCGCGCACAUGGUGGAGCACCUGCAGGUGUCCUCUAGCCCCGAGACGUCCCCUCACCACGCCAGAGUGGCCGUUCUCCAGCAGGCGCCCUACCAGUUCAUCCACAACCACACCAAGAUACCCGUCCACGUGGACAUUGGCCUGACCGAGCACCAGUCGGCGGAGGGCAUCGUCAAGUUCCUGCUGGACAAGACACCGCAGCUGGAAGGCGGCCGUUCUUUGGCGGCCGCCAUGGACUGGACGGUGGAGCACGUCUUUGAGAAGGCGCCCCUGCAGCGGCCACGCAAGGUGUUGAUGCUCUUUGUGACGGGCGGCGUGGAGGAGCUCGAGGAGCAACUGGUACGCGUCGCCAUCGACAUCAAGUGCAGAGGCUACUUCUUGGUCAUCUUUGGCGUCGGCGAGAAGCUGAGCGCCGGCGACGCUCGCGUCCUUACCCGCAUGGCCAGCGAGCCCACCGACGUCUUCUUCAAGAGGCUGGACACCGUCUCGCAGUUUUACGAUAAGCACCUGCGCACCUUUGGACAGAUGCUGCCCAAGUACAUCAGCAUCGAAAACGCUUUCUUCAUGUCCCCUGAAGUGUCCAAACACUGCAAGUGGUUCCAGAGUGACCAGCCCCUAAAAAACCCUUUCACCACUUUGGCACGCCAACCCGAGAGCCACACAAAACAACACGAAAAGCAGCAGGAAUCUCAUCCAGUAAAGCACAAAGCGAUGGACCCCGAGGAGCUUCACGUGUCCAACGUGACGCGUAGCGGCUUCAAGUUGCGUUGGACCAACCCGGACCCCAAGAACUUUGUCUACUUCCAAGUGACGGUGACGCGUCUGCGCGACCACGCCUUGGCCGUCAAGACCAACGUGUCGGGCUCCGAGCUGUCCGUGGACAAGCUGGAGAGCGGGCAGACGUACCACGCCGUGGUGACGGGCCACGGCGCCGACGGCCACGUGCUCGCCACCCACAAAGGCGUCGUGACUACCAAGGCAGCGGCGCAGCGGCCAAUCAUCAGCAGCCAGGUCAUCACCGCUCCAGUCAACACGCCACUGGACAAACCAGCCACAGUGCCGGAGCCUGAACCCCAGGAGCAACAAGUAGGCAAAGCGGUGGAGCGCCAACCAGCUCCAGCGGCCUCGACAACCGUGGACAUUUGCCAACUCCCCAAGGAGGAGGGCACGUGCGCCAAGUUUGUCCUCAAGUGGCACUACGACGCACCUAGCAAGAGCUGCGCGCGCUUCUGGUACGGAGGCUGCGGCGGGAACCAGAAUCGCUUCGACACGCAUGAACAGUGUGCCAAGGCUUGUGGAAAACCAGCGCCCUUCAAGCAAGGGGGGAUGGCUUCGCUAAGCACAUAAGGAGCCGCGUGGCAGCCGUGGCCAGACAGCCCGUCCGUCCGUCCGUCCGUCCAUGCGCUUUGAGGAGAACCAUCCACCACACUGGUCAUACUGUACGAAUGGAGGCUGCACUGGAUUCCACACAAAUGGACUUGACCCCACCCGCCCCAAUAGCUUCAGCUAGUCAUUUCACUUUUUUCAGUUCCCUCGUCACAAAUGAAAAAAACACACCGUUUGCCGCAUGAUAUUUGUUUUUGUUUUUUUAAAUCUACUGGUGCUACUUAGUGUUUGUUCUGCAGAUGGUAAUGAUGUGCAUUUUGUUUUGUACAGUCAAGUCGUCCGAUUUACCGUAGUGCAGUUUUUUUUUUUACUUUGGCGGUAAAAGAUGUUCCAUCCAUUUCAGGAUUUGCAUGAAUUACUACACGAAGCUUCUUAUGUCGUAUAGCGAUAGCCACACACAAAACGUCAACACGAGUCUUGUAUUCAAAAUGGUAGCAAGUGCUAGAAUGCAAGUAGAUGAAGUGCACACAAGAGCUACUGUCUCAAACAAACCAAAGCAAUAUCAAGAUAGAAUGUAUUUGUUCAGCUGACUUUGUUCCAUUGACGGAAAUGUGUGUUUCAUCUGACUUAUCAAACACAAAAUAAAACAGACUUUCUAAUAACCA